AUGGGCGAAUACAAACAAAUAGACUGCUUGGAUAGAAACAUUAAAUUCUUAAAAUUCCUAGCAGUAUGGCCGACAGGUUCUGGGAAAUACUAUCAAUAUUACUCAUCUUUGUUUUUAAUUAUUUUUGUUAUCAUUUAUGACAUUUCCUACAGUAUCAACUUGUUUUAUAUUCCAACGCAAUUAGAUUACAUUUUAGAAGAUCUUGUAUUGUACUUUACUGUAAUUGCAACAUUAUCAAAAACGCUAACAUUUUAUUUCCAACACGAUAAAAUAACUAAAAUAUUGUCAAUAGUAGAGAGUGAUUUAUUUCAAGAAGAUUCUAAGGAAGCAAAAAAAAUAAUAGAUGACGCAAAGAAAUUUAACAUCAAAUAUUGGAAUAUCGUAGCUGGAAUAUCGCUUACAUCAAAUGCAGCUCAUUUAACUGUGCCUUUAUUGACUUAUUUGAUUACUGGAACAGAGUUGCAGUUGCCUGUAUAUAGCUGUGAUUUUCUUUCAAAAAAUAUUAAAGAUAUGUUCAUUUAUCCCUUAUAUAUUUAUCAAGCUAUAGGUAUGAAUUUCAUUGUAUGGUACAACGUGAAUACAGAUGGUAUAUUUUUGGGAUUCAUUAGAUUCACGAUUGCGCAGUUGGAUAUACUCGAUUUGAAAUUAAGGAAUAUAGGAAAAUUUGAUAAAGACAUUGAAGACAAAGAAGAAGAAGCGAUCAAGAAACUGAAUGAUUGUAUAAUUCACUUUGACGGAGUCGCAAAAUUUUGUGAUUUAGUACAAGAUGCAUUUAGCCUAACGUUGUUUAUUCAGAUGGGCACAGCAUCUAUGGUUUUAUGUGUUAUUCUAUUUAGAUUUACAAUGCCAGCACCUUCCCUAUACUUGGUGUACUUAGUGACAUACAUGUUUGCAAUGAUAGCUCAGAGAGCUGUACCAUGUUGGUACGGAACUCGGAUUAUCGUAAAGAGUGCCCGACUGGCCCAUUCAGUGUAUGCUUGUGAUUGGACCCCAAGGUCUCAGAUUUUCAAAAGCAGCAUGAGAUUGUUAGUUGAGAGAGUAAACCGACCACUAAGCAUCAUAAGCGGGAAGAUGGUAGUUCUAUCUUUAGACACAUUAACUUCUAUAAUUAAUUCGGCGUAUUCCUUCUAUACACUGCUAAGGCACAUGCAAUCUCGAGAGAAUUGA